CACAUAGAAGACAAGUCAUAAAGUAUUACUAGUACGUAGAACAAGUAUAUAAGAUUGAUUGGGAGAAUAGGUUAAAAGAUUCUCGUGAUCUCAGGGGAAGAAGAAGAAGAAGAAGAAGCAGAGAGAAUGGAUUCGAGGGAGCAGGGCUUGCUUGUGGUGAGCGAUGGAGAAGAAGUAAACAGGAAAGAUGGGUUUUUGAAGGAGAUGAAGAGGCUUGGUUACAUCGCUGGUCCCAUGGUUGCGGUGAACUCUUCUACGUAUGUUCUUCAGGUGAUAUCGAUUAUGAUGGUUGGUCAUCUCGGUGAGCUUUAUCUCUCAAGCACCGCCAUUGCCGUUUCUUUCUGUAGCGUCACCGGCUUUAGUCUCGUCUUUGGAUUGGCUAGUGCGUUGGAGACUUUAUGUGGUCAAGCUUAUGGAGCUAGGCAAUUUGAGAAGCUUGGAGUACACACUUACACAGGGAUCUUCUCUUUGUAUCUUGUGUGUAUUCCUUUGUCUGUUCUUUGGAGUUACAUGAGUGCUAUACUUUCUCUUAUUGGACAAGAUCCUCUGGUGGCUCAACAAGCAGGAAAGUUUGCAACUUGGCUCAUACCCGCGCUCUUUGGUUACGCUACUUUGCAGUCGCUUGUUCGGUUUUACCAAGCGCAGAGUCAGAUAUUGCCUUUGAUUAUGAGUUCAAUCUCUGCUCUCUGUGUCCAUGUUGUCCUCUGCUGGAGUUUAGUCUUUAAGUUUGGUCUUGGGAGCCUCGGUGCAGCUAUAGCGAUUGGCGUUUCUUACUGGUUUAACGUGACUGUUCUUGGAUUAUACAUGACGUUUUCUUCCAGCUGUAGCAAGACUCGUGCUCCCAUCUCCAUGAGUGUGUUUAAAGGAAUGGGAGAGUUUUUCCGGUUUGGAAUCCCAUCUGCCUCCAUGAUUUGCCUCGAGUGGUGGUCAUUCGAGUUUCUGCUCUUACUCUCUGGGAUCUUACCAAAUCCGAAGCUAGAGGCCUCUGUUCUCUCAGUCUGUCUGUCAACUCAGUCCUCCUUGUACCAAAUACCAGAGAGUCUUGGCGCAGCAGCAAGUACAAGAGUUGCAAACGAGUUAGGGGCUGGAAAACCGAAACAAGCUCGAACGGCGGUUUAUACAGUAAUGGUCAUUACAGGUGUAGAAUCAAUAAUGGUGGGUGUAAUAGUUUUUGCAGCAAGAAACGUAUUUGGCUACCUAUUCAGCUCUGAAAUCGAAGUUGUGGAUUAUGUAAGAUCAAUGGCUCCGUUGGUUGCUUUAUCGGUCAUAUUUGAUGCCCUUCACGCAGUUCUUUCGGGUGUAGCUAGAGGAUCAGGGAGGCAAGAUAUAGGGGCUUAUGUAAACCUAGCAGCAUACUAUCUCUGUGGUAUACCAACUGCUAUUCUAUUAGCGUUUAGGUUUAAAAUGGGAGGAAGAGGACUCUGGAUUGGGAUCACUGUUGGGUCCUUUGUACAAGCGGUUUUGCUCGGUCUUAUCGUCAUCCUCACCAACUGGAAACAACAGGCGGGAAAAGCGAGGCUGAGAGUGAUGGGUGGCGAGUUUAAUGAGAAAGAUAGUGAAGAACAUGAGGAGAUCAGCUAAAUCAAUAGACUGACAAUCUUGUCGCCGCCAUUAAAUGUUGUGCUUUUAUUAGUUCGAUAUAUGUGGUGGUGUUGUUGUUAUAGUGAUGAUGAAGAAUUGAUUGUGAGUUUUUGGCCUCUACUGUCUUUGAUGUCCACACCAUUUAUAAAAAGUUCAUAAUCAUUUA